AUGUCGAGAGCAGCGGGUCCGGGAAGCAUUGCGGAAGAGCUCCGCGCACGCACUGCUGCGCCGCGCGUCAGUGUGCGGCGAGAUCUCGAGGUGCGCGACUGCCCGCACGCCCCCUUGCACGAUACCAGCGCGCGGCAAGCACCGUGCCGGCGGCCCGCGCGCCCAUGCUGCGCCCGCGCGGGCAAGGCACUCGAGGACUCGAAGCUCGCGCGGAUGCUUGUCGAGCCUCGCUGCGCGAGGCCGCCGGCCAUCGAAGAGCCGCAGGCGUGCAAGAGUUGA